AUGAGACCAAAAGUCACUGGUCGACGUAAGCUCUCGGCUCUUGUAAGUAAACAUGGCCUAACUAAACGUAAGUCAGAAGCUUUACCUAAAUCUAAGUCAGAUGAUAUUUCUAGUCAGUCGUCACCCGUUGUAAUUGGUCGGCAGCUUAAUCUGUCUGCACUUGACCACUGCAAUGACUUUAUGCUAAAGUUUGGCUCCUUGCUGACAAUUCUUGGACAUUUAUUCGACGGGAACAUCUCCGAUGUUCCCUCUGAAGAAUGUAGGCGUCUCGACUCACUUGUUCACCUGAUCGCCAGUGAAUCUAGUGAUAGACAGAAGCGUUCUUCCAACUUCCUGCUAAAAAAUGUUCGUCGAUCUGCUCGGCCAAUUGAUGUUGCGACCAGUUUCCUGUAUUCAUGUGGUUUCAAUUAUAAAACGGCUGAUGCCAAACGCUUGUUCUCCCGUAGUACAAAUCCACCCAUCUUAGUCAAAUUGUUUUCAUCAAUCGAAGUUGACACAAUCUUUACUCAUCGAGAGCGUGUCACUGCGUACCUAGAGAAGGCAAAAUUUUUCCUUUGUCAUGAUCUUACUCCUAUGGAGCGUAGAAUGGGGUCUCUAUUCUCACGUAAUCCUACUGCUUCUCAGUCUAAUGCUCCCCAACUCGGUCAUAAUACAAGUGGCCGUAAGGAUUCAGCUUCUCCUACUCCUGCGACAUCUGACUCCCUCCUUCCUCUUUCUCCUACAUCUCCAUUUCACUCAAGCUUCUUGACGCAUUUGCCUGCCCCUAAACUCGCAGCAGCAGCAGCAGCAGCAGCAGCAGCAGCAGCAGCAGCAGCAGCAGCAGCAGCAGCAGCAGCAGCAGCAGCAGCAGCAGCAGCAGCAGCAGCAGCAGCAGCAGCAGCAGCAGCAGCAGCAGCAGCAGCAGCAGCAGCAGCAGCAGCAGCAGCGGCAGCAGCAGCAGCCCCAUUUGUCGUUUCGUAUCCUCCGGAUAGUCCCGCUGAGACACAUGAAAAUCCGCCUACAUCAGCUAGACCGAUAA